AUGAGUCUUGUCUCGGGCUUCCCUCACCACCCGGUCAUGCACCACCACGACAGCCACCACUAUUCCUUGCACGCGGCGGCGGCGGCGGCCGGUCGGUGUCACGAGGAUACCGGAGCUCCUCCGUACUUUACGAGCUGGCUGAUUAGCCACGCGGAUAUGUCUCCCACCGAGUAUAGCCUCGCGCCCGGCUACAGCCCAGAGUACCAUGGCAACAGCGGCGGCGGGUCCACCGGCGGCCUGGACCCCCACCAUCACCAUCACCACCACUACGGACCCGGUGGCUUGGUUCAGGGGGCCGGCACCAUCUCGGUAAACGGAGCCGCGGUCGGUAUGCACCCCCACACACAUCCUCGGCCCGUGAAGCGGAGACCCACGGCCAACCGUAAGGAGAGGCGGCGGACCCAGAGUAUCAACUCGGCCUUUGCCGAGCUGAGGGAGUGUAUCCCCAACGUCCCGGCCGACACUAAGCUGUCCAAGAUCAAGACGCUGCGGCUGGCCACCAGCUACAUCUCCUACCUGAUGGACAUCCUAGACAAGGACGGACAACACGGAGACACUCAGGCUUUCAAGGCCGAGCUGAAAAAAACGGAGGCCCGGGAGGAGCGGAGGAAGAGAGAGGCGGUGGAGAUCCCAAAGACAACAUCAUCAUCAUCGUCAUCGUCCUCCUCGUCAGCAGGUGAUAAGAAGAGUAAAGGGCGGACAGGAUGGCCUCAACAUGUCUGGGCUCUGGAACUCAAACAGUAG